UAGGCCUUGUUCAUUCAUUUACAAUUCAUUCGAAACUUUGGAAUACAAACGUGUGAAAAGAUUUAGACAAUCAGUCUGUUGUACCAUUAAUUUAUUGUCUGUGCAAUUAUUCAAGCAUGGAUAUGUAGAUAAUGAACAGACAAGAACUGCAAGUCAUCUGAACUAUUUUACAGUUAAGCGACGAAGAACAAAAAAACAAAACUGAAUUUGCAUGCACUCACUGGAAUAUCCUUGUCACUGAAUUGAACGGCUAUUCUCUGAUAAAAUAUAACGUAUUCCGCACAACUGCACACUUCAUCCGGACUUUAUGGACCCCCCGCCGGCGCAGGGAGCAAUGGAGCCUGGUGACGGCAGCUCCACGGCCGAACUUAUGAGCCGGUAUGUUUCGUCCGAACUUGGAUAUGGGGUGCCGGCGGAAGGCUGGCGGAUCUGUCUGGCCCACGAGUUCAAGGAGAAGAGGAAACCGUUUCAAGCCAGAGAUGUGUCUCUGUCCAACAUCAUGGAGCACAUUGGCCUAGGUAUCAGAUACCUGAAGUGGUGGUACAAGAAAACCCAGGUGGAGAAGAAGGCUCCCUUUAUUGAUAUGUUCCGUGCCCUACCCCUUCGGCAGAUCUAUGGUGCUCCUUUAGGUGGAUUCGGGGGAGGUACCAUAACUCGUGGCUGGAGGGGGGAGUUCUGCAGGUGGCAGCUCAAUCCUGGGAUGUACCAUUACAAAACUGUCAUCGCCAACCAGUUCACUGUGUGCCUUCGUCGCGGGGGGCAGACCGUGUACCAGCAGGUCCUGUCUGUAGAGAGGCCUCCCACACUGCAGGGCUGGAACUGGGGCUACUGUGGGGAGUACGCCUUCUACCAUGCCCUCUACCCCCGAGCGUGGACCGUCUACCACCUGCCGGGGCAGAACGUCACACUCACCUGCCGACAGGUGUCACCUGUCUUCCCACACGAGUACAAGGAUACCAGUCUCCCAGUGGCGGUGCUGGUGUGGGAGAUAGAGAACAAGAAUGACUUCGCUCUGGAUGUCUCCAUCAUGUUCACUAUGAUAAAUGGCUCGGGCCACAAGGAUGACAAGAGUGGGGGGCAUUGGAAUGAACCAUUUCACCUGGAGAAGGAGGGGGAGUCUGUAUCUGGGGUCCUGCUGCAUCACUGCACCCCUUUCAACCCCUACACUCUGUGCAUAGCAGCCCGUGAACAGUCUGACAGGGAAAUCAGCUACCAGACAGCAUUCAGCCCAAAGGGAACUUGUGGGGCGCUGUGGAAUGACCUCAUCACUGAUGGACGGUUAGACUCCCCCACAGGCUCAAGUCCACCCACUCAGAAAGGGGAGAAAGUCGCUGCGGCCCUGGCCGUAGGGUGCACCGUCCCGGCACAAGGACACAAUUUUAUGGAAUUCAGCCUGUCAUGGGACAUGCCCAAAAUCACCUUCGGCUCCAGGGAGAGAGAGCACAUCAGGAGGUACACGCGUUUUUUCGGCAGCAAUGGAGAUGCAGCGCCUUCUCUAUGUCACUACGCCCUGACACACUACAGAGACUGGGAGAGAAGAAUCGAGGCCUGGCAGGGCCCUAUUCUGCAGGACAGCUCGCUGCCCUCCUGGUACAAGUCGGCUCUGUUUAACGAGCUUUACUUUGUUGCGGACGGCGGCACCGUGUGGGUGGAGCUUCCCGAGGACAGUGAUGUCAGCGGCGGUCUACGCAGUGAGGAGGGAGGAUUGCCAGCACAACCACCAGUCAUCAAGGAAUAUGGCCGAUUCGCUUACCUGGAAGGUCAGGAAUACAGGAUGUACAACACUUAUGAUGUGCACUUUUACGCCUCCUUCGCCCUCAUCAUGCUGUGGCCCAAACUAGCCCUCAGCCUGCAGUACGACAUUGCGGGCAGUGUUGUUCAGCAGGACUCCACAGAAAGACUCAAUCUGAUGAGCGGGCGUUGUUCUCCAGUAAAGACCCGUAAUGUGGUUCCUCAUGACGUUGGAGACCCAGAUGACGAGCCCUGGCAGCGGGUCAAUGCUUACCUCAUCCACGACACGGCCGACUGGAAGGACCUGAACCUCAAGUUUGUGCUGCAGGUGUACCGCGACUUCCACCUGACCCAGGACAGACAGUACCUGCAGGACAUGUGGCCGAUCUGCCAGGCAGUGAUGGAGUCGGAGAUGAAGUUUGAUCAGGAUGGCGAUGGUCUGAUUGAGAACUCCGGCUACGCUGACCAGACGUAUGAUGGCUGGAUUGUCACCGGGCCAAGUGCGUACUGUGGGGGACUGUGGCUGGCCUCGGUGUGUGUGAUGUGUAAGAUGGCUCGGCUGCUGGACAGUGACUCUGUGUACCAGCGCUACAGGGACGUGCUGGACAGGGGGAGCGCCGCCUUUGACAAGCUGCUGUGGAACGGUCAGUACUAUAAUUAUGACAGCAGCGGACGGGACCUGUCUAACAGCGUGAUGUCAGACCAGUGUGCUGGCCAGUGGUUUCUGCGGGCAUCUGGCCUGGGGGAAGGGGAAUACCAGGCUUUCCCGAUGGAGAAGGUGCGCUCUGCGCUCAAAGCGGUGUUUGACUUAAACGUCCUGCGCUUCGCUGGCGGACAGAUGGGCGCAGUCAACGGGAUGCGCCCGGAAGGCGUGCCCGAUCGGUCCAGCGUGCAGUCAGAUGAGGUGUGGGUGGGCGUGGUGUACGGACUGGCAGCCACUAUGAUUCAUGAGGGCAUGUUAGAGGAGGGCUUGCGCACUGCAGAGGGGUGUUACCGGACAGUGUGGGAGAGACUGGGGAUGGCCUUUCAGACCCCUGAGGCCUACUGCGAGAAGGGCAUUUUCCGCUCCCUCGCCUACAUGCGCCCCCUCAGCAUCUGGGCCAUGCAGCUGGCCUUGGACUCGCGUCGGGACCAAAGUGGGCACGCGGCAGGGGAACUGCUCCAGAACAGACCGGCAGAGAACCGGGACCCAGCUCCAGCGACUCCGAACGAACCCCCCCAAGAGACCCUGCACGAUGUACCCAACACUCACUGACUGCCCCCCUCCAGCCGAAAAAUACCAAACACCUUCUUGCUGAGACAUUCGCCCCACACAACUCCACUGGACGCAGCAUAUACGCAUGCCUUCGGACCCACUGAGACACAAGUGUAACGGCCAGUCUCCAUCCUCUCUCUUCCACACACAAGCCAAUCUCCCGCUGUCCCACUCCAUGAUAUGCCCACACACUCUCACACCUAC